UACGUGAUGAAAUCUUUUAACCGGAAAAGCCUGUCACCGGCACACGUUUCUCAGAGACCACUGAAGCAGCAGACAUCAUGGGAGAGCAGCUGAGUCCUGAUGAGAAGUUCAAGCUCAUCACCAGAAACCUUCAGGAGGUUCUUGGUGAGGAGAGGUUGAAGGAGAUCCUAAAAGAGAGGGAACUGAAGGUCUACUGGGGGACAGCAACCACAGGCAAACCCCAUGUGGCCUACUUUGUGCCCAUGUCAAAGAUCGCUGACUUCCUGAAGGCGGGCUGUGAGGUGACCAUCCUCUUUGCUGAUCUCCAUGCCUAUCUGGACAACAUGAAGGCUCCCUGGGAGCUGCUGGAGCUCAGGGUGCAGUAUUAUGAGCAGGUCAUUAAGGCCAUGUUGGAGAGCAUUGGAGUUCCCCUUGACAAACUCAAAUUUGUUAAAGGCACAGACUAUCAGCUCAGCAGAGAGUACACUCUGGAUGUUUACCGACUGUCGUCCAUGGUCACUGAACACGACGCCAAGAAAGCAGGUGCUGAGGUGGUCAAACAGGUGGAGCAUCCUCUUCUGAGUGGCCUGCUGUAUCCUGGACUACAGGCAUUGGAUGAGGAAUACUUAAAAGUAGAUGCUCAGUUCGGUGGUGUGGACCAAAGGAAGAUCUUUACAUUAGCAGAGAAGUAUCUGCCCUCUCUUGGGUACACCAAACGUAUCCACAUGAUGAACCCAAUGGUGCCUGGACUGACGGGGGGCAAGAUGAGCUCCUCUGAGGAGGAAUCCAAGAUUGACCUGCUGGAUAAGAACCAAGAGGUGAAGAAGAAGUUGAAGAAAGCCUUCUGUGAGCCUGGAAAUGUGGAGAAUAAUGGAGUUUUGUCCUUUGUCAAGCAUGUUCUUUUCCCUCUGCACUCAGAGUUUGUGAUUAAAAGAGAUCUUAAGUGGGGAGGUGACAAAGUCUACACAGACUAUGAGGAAGUGGAGAAGGAGUUUGCUGCAGAGCAUAUCCAUCCUGGUGACCUGAAGGCUUCAGUCGAGUUGGCUCUUAACAAACUGUUGGACCCAAUCAGGAAGAAGUUUGAGACCCCAGAGUUGAAGAAACUGACAGCAUCAGCUUACCCAGAGCCCUCCAAAAACAAAGGAGGAGCAAAGGGAAACCCAAAACAAACCGUAGAUGAAGAGGAGGUCAUCCCAUCUAGAUUGGACAUCAGAGUUGGAAAAGUCAUCAGUGUAGAAAAGCAUCCAGAUGCAGAUUCACUGUAUUUAGAGAAGAUUGAUGUGGGCGAGGAACAGCCACGGACUGUAGUAAGUGGACUGGUGGCCUACCUCUCUCAGGAGCAGCUUCAGGAUCGUCUUGUUGUGAUGUUAUGCAACCUGAAGCCCCAGAAGAUGAGGGGGAUUGAAUCUCAAGCCAUGCUGCUCUGCGCUUCAAUUGAGGGAGAGCCCAGGAAAGUGGAGCCUUUGGAUCCACCAGAAGGAUCAGCUCCAGGAGACCGUGUUUAUGUAGAAGGCUAUGAAUCAGGCAAACCAGAUGAUGAAUUGAAACCAAAGAAAAAGGUGUUUGAAAAGUUGCAGGUGGAUCUGAAGAUCUCAGGCGAGUUUGUUGCACAAUGGAAAGAGCAAAAUCUGAUGACCAAACUCGGACAGAUCACCUGUAAAACACUGAAGGGUGGAAAUAUUAGCUAGUUGUCUUCACCAUUUCUCUCAAAUCCUCAAAUCUAGAGUUUCCAUGACAGCCCAGUAUCCCUGUGACAGUACACAGUGUCAGGUAUUGCUCAUCGUAGACAUCCAAAACUGUUAACUGACUCUAAUGGAGAAGCAAUUAACAUUAUUUUAUUUCAACUGUCCCAUUCAGCCAUAUCAACCUUUGAAUUAUCUAAUAGCACGAUUACUGCAGCAAAAAACAUAUGGGUAUCAUCUGUGCUUUACAUCGCAUGUAUUGCCGUCCAGGAGGUUUUACACAAAGUACUGCAGUGAAUAAUGUCAUGCUCAUUUGUUUGAAUAACAAAUGAAGACUUGCAGGAGUUCAUCUGUUAUCCUUAAACUCAGGUCAUCAUGUCUGGAACUAGAUCAUUGCUUACAAUGAUUAGUCUUCAGUCUGACAAUGUUCACACUAUUUAAUCAUCAGUGGAAACUUGAAACGGUUCAGACAUAGACAGUCUAUAUACUCAAUAAACUGUUGUGGAUACAUAUUUUAGCAUUAGUUAGCUUACUUCACAAAGAAACAUUGAAUUUCAUGUAAUAAAACAUUCAGAACUCAUUUGAUGUUAAUUAAUUGAAAUAAACAACUGAUUCAUAACUGAUUAAUUUGCUAUAUGCCUUGAUGGAAUGAUGAUGGAAAAGCCUUUUUAAAGGUACUUUUAGAUUUUGAUCUGCUGAAAAGAGAUUUAAAUAAAUGAACCAGACAAAUGUUUGGGAGUCUGUUUUAAAACAUCACCAUAUUAAUGAUUGAUUAAAGAUUAUGGAAACUAUAA